AGUAACCAAAACAGAAUUUGUUCCAUUUAAGUACUUGGGGAAAUUUUACUUCGGAAAGAAGUGGGCGGAUCCCAAUAACAUAUUGGUUCACCAAAAUGGAAAGUCCGUACCAGGCUGCUGCUAAUAAAAACGAAGAGGUCAGUGUGUCAGACUCAACAAGCAGCUGAGAAAGACCAGCACUGAUCAUUAUGGGCCACGAUUCACACUCCAAGCAGUUCGUCUACGGGUUGGUGAAGGAUUAUUUGAAGUUUGCGUUAGAUGGAUCUCAGUCAGUUCCUGCCACCAGCAGCGCGGCUGAAACUCUGCGUAAGGCGGCCGCCCUCUUCCAGCGAGUCAGGGAACACGAGUUUGAACUCUACAUCAAACAACUUAGAUUCGCUUCCAUAGAGGACGUGAAGCGAGCGUUUCCCAUUCUAAUGAGCGAGAUCUCCUCAGAUGGGGAGGAUAACUGGGGCAGACUUGUGGCUUUGUACGCGUUUUGUGGAGAGUUAGCGAGGCAGUUGAGAAGGAGAGGCAUUCCAGAGGAAGAACUGGUUGAGGAAAUGGCUCAGUGUAUGGCUCAUCACACGUGUACUCUCAAAGCUGCGUGGAUCCAGGAGAAAGGCGGCUGGGAGAAGGGUUUCGUAGAAUACUUUAAACAGGAAAACCCCGGGUUUAUGGAACACUAUCGGCAGAAAAGUCCCCGAUUUUCAUAUGCGAAGUUAGCAGCGGUCACAGGGAUUAUUGCUGCAUUCUCCUUUGUGCUCUACCAACACUGAGAAUAGGGAAGUGGCUGAGCUCUUUACACACAGUAAGCGACCAGCGGAAGAACAUUGACUCCUGACGGGAGAAUCUGGAUUUGGGUUUUGUUAACCUUUUAUAAAGUUUGUUUUAUCCCAGCGAAUGCAUAACGUUAAAAUACAGAAACUUUGAUUUGUAAUAAAAUGUACUUUUUUAUUUAAAUAAAUAUUUCAGUGAGAA